AUGGUAUGCUAUAAGUUAACACAAGAAAUUAUUGAAAAACAUAUGUGCAAUUUAAUGAAAGUAGUGGAAACUAAUAGUACAUUAUUUUCAAUAUUCAAUGAUGAUGAUCUAAUUACGAUUUUGCAUAAUGUGCAAGAUAUAUAUGCCGAAGAACCGAUAAUGUUGGAAUUUAAUUUGCCAAGAAGUGGAUUAGUUGUUGUGGGUGAUUUACAUGGUGACCUUUAUUGCUUAUUAAAUAUAUUACUCAAAAAUGGUUUUCCACCAAAUACAAAAUAUUUAUUUUUAGGUGAUUAUGUUGAUCGUGGUUUAUAUCAGGUACAAUUAAUACUAUUUAUAUUUUUAAUGAAAUUACGAUGGCCAAAUUAUAUUACAACACUAAAAGGCAAUCAUGAAGAUUAUCAAUGCGGCAAAGAAUAUGAAUUUUAUAGUGAAUGCUUACAAACGUUUAAACAAGGUCAUCGAUGGUAUACUCUUAUUAAUUAUGUAUUUGAUCAUAUGCCUGUUUGCGCAAUUAUCUCAAAUUACUUCUUUGUUUGUCAUGGCGGAAUUUCACAAUGGAUGACAUGUCGAAGUAAUUUACGAAAUAUUCCAAAACCAACUUAUACUAGCAAUAUGCAUUUUGUUGAAGGUGUAAUUCUUGCCGAUCUUCUUUGGGCUGAUCCAAUUCCUAAGCAACGAAGAUGGUUUGCUUUAAGUCGACGAAAUUGUGGUUAUUCAUUCAAUCAGGAUGCUUUAAAUAUUGUUCUUAGUAUGCUAAAAGUUAAAACUUUAAUUCGUGCUCAUGAAUAUUUUCCUGGUGGUACUGCUCGAAAUUUUGGCAAUGAUACGUGUUAUACGGUACACAGUACUACCGAUCCACAAGAAAUGUACGAUCCAUAUAGUGGAACAUUAAAAUUGGAAGAAAUAGAUGGUAAAUUUGAAGUAAUUGAAAAUAAUGAUUUAAUACCACGAAAUGCUGAAGCAAAUCAAUUAGCUCGUAUGAUGCAAGUAGAAUUACACGAUGCAUUCCUUCCAACAGUCAUCUCAUAUGAUCGUACAAAAUGUCAUUGGUGUGAACAACCAUAUCCACUUUUUGUAACACGUCGUAAACGUUGUUUUGUAUAUUCCGAUAUAGUGGAUUAUAUGAUGAAGAAUGGAAAAUUAGUAUUAUUCAUUGAUAAAUUAAUUAUGAAAUUGAUUUGGAGAGGAAUAUUCUGGCGAAGUGUUUCAGCAAUGAGACGAGCGAUCGAAUUAUUUCCUGCAACAAAUGAUAUUAUCUUUGGAAGACCAUCAGAUGAUGAUAUUCCAAGAACUUUCCGUAUUUACGUAUUGGACGAAGAAUUUGAACUAAUGAAGAAGGUAUACAAAUCAAAUGGAAAAAACAUUGAUAAUGUAGAAAAACCAAAUUUCCGGAAUAUUUCUGAUGCUGAUAAAGAGCUUCAAAGACCUGCAUCACGAUUUGAAAAAUUCAAAAAACGAAUUAAACUUGCAAUCGGAUUAGAGCCACAAAAAUUGGAUUUUGAAAAUAUGAUGACGAAGCCAACUGCUUUACCGUUAUUUUUAUUUGAUAUGGUUGAUGAUAUUGAUGAUAUCGGUGAACGUACGCUUAAUAAUGCAAAAAGCAGCGAAGACAAUGAAAUGGAUGAAAUUGAAAAAGAAUCGGGUAAAACUGCCCGAUCCGUGCAAUCUGAUUAUUUGCUAUCAUUUGAUUCCACCUCUUUUCAACGUAAACGAGAACCAUUGCUUUAUGGCAGUCCAAAUAAUUUAAAAAUUUUUGACAUACAUCGCUUCAGAAAUCAUCAAUAA